AUGAGCGCAUAUCAUGACGAACAAGAAUCUUUACUGCUAAUCGGAACUAUUUUUAAAAUUAUUUCCGUUGAGAAAAUUGAAAAAGAUCAAGGAAAUUACUGGUACGUCCAAUUAAUUGAUUCUAAUGAUGAUGAUCUUAGUAAUUUGAAAGCAAAAAAGGAGCAACUUUUACAAAAACUAGAAAUUACCAAAGGUCCAUUCAAGUUAACGUGGGGCCGCUUUUUAUAUAACAUUGGUGAAUAUGAUGUAGCGGCAAAACACUAUGAAAAAUGGCUGAAAGAUUUAGAAAAUAUCGAUGAUAAUGAACUUUUAGCAACCAUACAUAAUGAUUUAGGAGUCAUAUAUUAUCAUAAGAAAGAUUAUGUUAAAUCAAAUGAGCAUCAUUCAUUGGCAUUUACUCACACUCAAGCGGCACCGUUUCCAUUCUGUCCCACGGUUUUUUAUGAAAAUCAAGGUGGUACUCGAAUCAAGUUAAAGGAGUAUUCCAAAGCGUUUGAUGACUUUCGACGUGCAUUAGGCAUCGAAUUACGACGAAGACCAAGACAUGAACUCAAUAUUGCUCGUAUACAUGCAAAUAUGGGCACUAUUUGUUAUCUUCGACGUCAAUAUCGUUGGGCACGCAACUAUCUUCAAAAAGCGUUUGAACAACAACGACGCAUAUCCCUGGCAAAAUCCGAUGAAUUGGCUGUAACAUGCAACAGUCUUGGCAAUGUCUAUACAAAACUAAAUGAUUAUGUCAAUGCUGAAAAAUUCUAUUCUCAAGCAUAUAAAAUUGCAUAUAGUUCAUUACCUCAAGAACAUGAAAUAGUGAAGUUAUUCGAAAACAAUUGGAAUGAGUCGCAUAAAAGACUAACGGACAUGAAGCUUGAUACUAACAAAAAUGUAUCUGUUCAAGCAUCAGACCCUGUCAAACGUCGAAAUAGUGACAUCAGUAUUUCUCAAAUAGAGAUUGUAACAUAA